AAUAAAUCCAACACCCCAAGUGAGAGCAAUCUUGCUCUACUCUGUAGUGGUUGGACAUCUGACCUGGCCGCUAGGAAUCUGGGACAAGAUGACAGCAUCCUCACUGAGAAGCAGCUUCUUCCAUCACCAAGGAAACAUGUUCCUUCUAGUGGCAGUGGAGAAUCUCUCUUUGUGCUAAAUAAAGAAAACCCUAACCUUACCUCCAGUGUUGACAACAUGGCCUUGCUUAAUAAUCACUCAAGAUCUUCAAACUCGCCCCAAGAAACUAUGCAGACUCAUUCUCCGGGAACUUUGCAAAUGAGUAAAUGCAAUGAAACACUAAGCAGGACCUCUGCAGAUGAGAUGUCACCAAGCUUGAGCCCAAAUCCAUCCUUCCUAGUUCCAUGGGAGAGGGAAACCCAAGAUGGAAAUGAAGUCCUUGAAGAGGGUAGCCUUCUUCAUGAAGUAGUAUCAUUAUGUAAACUGACUUCUGCUUUCAAUCAAGGUUUAAACAUUUCAGGGGACAGGUUUUCCAACAGCAGUGGGAAUAAAACGUAAGGAUUUUUUAUUUGUUUUGGAGGGGAGAGAUUACAUGCCUGGUCAAUGACUAAUGGAAGACAACUCAGGAUUUUGUAUCAUAACAAAGGAAGUUAAAGAUCUUCAGUGUUUCUAAUCUUUAGUUUUGGUUGGUGUUAUUUGUGUAUUUUUACCGUUUUAUUUUGAGCCUAUCUCCUUUGAAUAUCUUUGCUCCAUUUAAGUUCACAAUAUAGGCUUGAAUUUGGGGUGGGGCCGUAACAGUGUUUACAACAUAUGCUUGGCAUGCAGACAGUUACAGCUUCACCUCUGGGCAUUUCCAGUUCUGUCUGGGAAAUGUCCUGUCUAAAAACCUGAAAGUCACUGCCAGUCAGUGUAUGCAAUACUGAGUUCAGACAAUAUGCCAUCUUAACUAAAGCAUUCUAGAAUCAUGGUACUAGCUUGAUUUCACAUUUAAGCUGCAGCUGGUCUGUGGCAUGGAACAGUUUUUAUCAUUUCCUUUCCGUAUAUGCAAAAAGAAACACAUCAGACACAUACAUUUAUCCUUCUGCAACACAAACCAAGAUGUGUAGCAUGACUUUUCUGGAACUUAGUCCAUGAUCUGAUUGCCUUAAACUUAGAAGGACAUAUUUAAGUACCUUAAAGGCUGAACUGUAAAUAUUUGGGAAAAAGAGCCACCAUUAUUUCAUAGCAAAAAAUGUGCUUGAGUAAAGGGAAAUACAGACCAUUUACCAAACAAGGGGACUCUUAAGAUUAUGGAUAAUCACUAGUGUAGCCUUGUUUAUGCAGUGAUUUUAGUAAUCCUUUGUUAAAUGGGACAUGUGAUGGCUAUUCACACUGUCAAGCACUACCCAUCAGUAAGGUGAGAGUUCUAAUAUGUAUCUGUGCCACUUGAAUUGACACCAGUUGAUAAUGAUUGCUUGGGAUUUACUGUAAAAUAUGUUGUUGUUUUUUAAGUCUAGCAGACAAUGCCCCUGUCUUCCAGACCCUGAAAAAUGGUACUGUAUUUUGAAAUGGUGAAAUGCAGUGAAAAGUUUACAACUCUUUUCAGAGCUUAUUCACUGAGUAUAUUUUACAUUUUAGUUUUCUUAAAAUACAUAUUUUGAGCACAGCUGGAAUUUUAAUGGAAUGAACCUUUGAAAGAUGUAAUAUUUUUAAUUGAAACUAAUCUCUUCUUCUGGAAAUCAUGCCUCUUUAAUAUGUUUUGUAAAGUCAUUGGGUUGUUUUAAAUGUGCUGCUUAAUCAACCUUUUUUUUUUUUAGAAAACAAAGAGACAGUUGCAGUAAAAAGAGAAAUAUGGUAGUCUCAUGGUGCAAAUCCUUUUCUGGUUAUAGGCAAAUGAGUCAAAGAACCACCCCAACCUCUAGCAUUUAGGUUUAAUUUUUUUAAGAGGCUGAGAUCCAUCUAUUACAGUGUCCUUACCAACCAUUGACAGCUUUUUGAAGUUGUCUUCUAAAGAAUCUAUCUAAAAAUCAAUCGUCUGGUACACAUAUAUGAAUGUCUAAAAGCUCCUUCAAAUUUGUCAUUAGAUCAAAUACUUCGGAAAUUGUCAGAAGUUGUUUCCAGAUAUAUAUAAAGCAGCUAAUAGACUUUUAGAUCAAUUGAAUGUAGAAACUGUCCUUUUUUUUACAGCACCUAUUUUCUGAGAUGUAAGGUCCUCUCUUUAUUGUACUGGAACCUUUCUUUCGUUCUCCAAGUCUGAGGUUUAUCCAAAACACGUUCCACAGUCUCACUCAUAUAUGAGUUUCCUAUUCAAAAAGUAGAAAAACUGUCCAUAUGCAAACUUUCCACUGUGACUAUAAAGUGCUUCUUCAAAAGAGAGAGAGAAUGGUAAAUCCUGCAUGGAUAUCUCUAUGAAUCUUACAUAACAAGGGGAUGGGGUGGGGGGAGCUAAAAAGCUUUGUCUAGUAAAGUUUGCAGGUUUUCAGUGACUUUCAUGGUUAGUGAAUGUGCUUUGAGAUUCCAUCUAAAUGGAAUUCUUACAUGGUAGAUUAUGUAUUGAUGAGACUUCUUGAUGAACUUUUGAAAUACAACUUUCUUUGAUGUCUGUCUGAACUUACACCUAUGCCAGAAUUUAUCAUACUUGUCAUUUUUUUAAGGCUAAUAAUUGUGCCUUAAAAAUGUGUGCUGUCCAGUUGCCAGCUAUUUUUAUUAUUAACAAAAAGGAUAUUUAUGCCCAAAGGAUCAGAGUAGCAGUUUCUCAAACCUUUAGCCAGCAACUGUUCUGUUUUCCACCAGUUAUAGUCUAAAACUCUCUGUAGAGGCCACGUAAGUAAUUUUGAUGAUUACUGUAGUGUCAGGAAUAUUAUAGUUCCCAUGUAUGGCUGAUUUUACCUAUUUUGUAGUCAUUGCUUCAGGGAAUUCUAAAUUACUGUUUUUAGUAUGGUGAGAAUUUUUUAAAAAAUAUUUUUUUAAAUAUUUCUCAGGAAUCCCAGCAAUUAUUUCUGUUGAUCAUUCAGUUCCUUCUAUAAAAUAUUGGAUUAUUUUACUGAAAUUUAGCUUAUUUACUCAAUACCAUUAGUCUAUCUAAAAUCUGAAUGGACAGCCUGGUGUUCUCAAGAUGUCUGGGACUUUAACUCCCAUUAGACCAGCCAGCAUCGCUAGUGGAAAAGAUAUGGGGGUUGUAGUCCAAAACAGUUGGAGGGCAAUAGGUGGCCUGUCCAGAUUUAAAACAAAUAAUGUACUGUGUAGUCACACAAAUGAUUAGUUGACAUAUUCAAACUUACUUUUAACAGACAAUAUAAAAUUGCUGUUAAUUGCUUUAUACCCAUCAUGGGUUUCAUCAGAUGUGCAAAAAGGAAAUCUGUUUAGACCUUCAUCCUGUAUCCCAAGUUAAAAAGUCCUGGCAGCAUCUAGAAUGGUUGCAGAGAGAUCUACCACCAACAGCUUUCCUUACCUAAAUGACUUUUCCAAGAAUGGAGACGAUUGUUCUGAAGGAGCAACCACUUCAGCUUAGAGUUGCUUAUGCAUCUUAUGGAUGAGAGAUUACUUUGCUAUCACCUUUCCAAAUCCUCAGAUACAUGCCCUGUGCCAUGAUGGGCCUUUGCUACAUUACAGAAUUUAAAAUUGCUUAAACUAGAAAAAUAGGUGUUCAGGUACUUCUAUGCACAUAGAGUCACGUGAAAUAAUAUGUUGUCACAUACUGUAAAUGAUACACAAAGAAAUUAAACCCUUGUAAUAAGACCCAUUUUGAUGAAUAGUAGAAGUAAUGAGAAAGGUGGUAGUUUUUUUUAACUGACUUUUUAAAUAUUUCCCUAGCAUUUCAAAAAGUGAUAUUACUACUUUUUGAUCGCUGAGUUAGAUUAUCAAAAGCUGUCAGUACUGGCUAAGUUUGCUUCCAAAGAUGUCAACAGUGAUUUUCCAAUUGAUUGAAUAGACGGCUUGCACUGAUGAGCACCUUUGAAAAUGUUAAUUUUCAUAGACUAGAUAAAUCCAUCAAGCAAUACUUAUGCAUAAAACCUGUUAAUAUUGUUUUAGCAGUGCUUAAAGAAUUAUACCUAAGUUGCAUUAGGUAAAUUAGAUGAAACAAAACAAAUAUUCCCUUUUAUUCAUUGUGCCAUAGGUCAGUUGUAUAUUUAGUAGUUUGUAUUGAGCAGGGAAUGAAAAAUAGUAAUAUGUUAGUUGCCAGUUAGGUGAGUAAUAAUCUCUUCCUAAUAUUAGUGCUCAUUUCGUAAGUGAUUCCAGGCUUCUCCUUAGCUAAAAAAUUAGAAAAGUAUUUAUGUCAUUGGAAGCUUUUUCUUAUAUAUCUUUGCUUCUAAUAUAGCAACACUGUAGAUGCCACUGUUAACCCUGACACUUGUUUUCUCUGUAGAAUGUAAUUCAGAAGUCAGCCUUUUCAAUAACAGGCAUCAAAACUUUAAAAAAAAAAAAACUUUUAAAAUAGCCAAACCAUAAGAAAAUUGCCAAACCUCACAGGGGUUCAGCAUUCUUAUCCCUAAGAUCUUGUGAGAUCUCAUGUGUGAAGACUGCCAUUUUUAAAAAAAUGUUGGGGCACCAUUUCAGGGUGCCUUGCUACCAAUCCUUGGUAUAAUUCAAGGAGAAGAAGGAAUAAAAUGGGCAACUGUCCUCCUAAUCUGUUGUUAUGGGAAAGGUAAAGACUACAGCAUGCAUUCAGGCAAUUGCCCCAUGAUGGCUGGGUAUGGUGGGAGUUGUAUUCCAUUAUGUCUGGAGGACACAGUCUUGAGGAAAGCUAGAUCAGACUUUAAUUCACAAACAGGACUUUGGCUGGCUUUGAUGGAUGUACCAAUAGAAGAUAUAAUAAUAAUAUAUCAUAUCAUAUAAUAAGAUAGAAGAAUAGAAGAUGUAUAGAAGAAUGGAUGUACUGUUCACUUUGUCCAAAGAAGAAGGUAACAGUUUUAAAGAUCUCACUUCCUGGAAAACAACAACAACAAACCUAUGCUGAAUUCAAAUGAGCAAUCACUGUCUGGCUCCUAAAGGAAGGUAAACAGUCUUGGAUUUGUUCUUUUAGCUUUUUUUUUUUUUUGGCUUUCACUUUAAUUUACCUUGGUGUCACUAGGAGCCAUUUCUGUUCUUCUUCAAGCAAACAAAGGCUGAAGUUCUUGUGGCUUACGUGAACUUAAAAGGAUGGCUGUCUGUGACAGAAAAUUCCAGUGGUGCUUUCUUCUGCCCAAGUUCUCAUAACUCUUUCAAUCUGGGGAUAAGGGAUAGGUUGUGUGGUUAUCUCCCCCCUAUUUAUUUCAAGUAGCUUCAUGUAAGACAUCGCCUUGCUGGAUUGUGCUCCCAAAAGUUGAUUUUGUCUUGUUCCAGCCAACCAUCCUUAACAGCGCUCCAUGUCUGCUGCUGAUAUGCCCUUGUCCUCUUGUCUUAUAGGGGGGUUGCCUCUCUGCAAGGUAUCAAAGUAAGGAAAGGUGUUUAAGUGCCUCUUCUCUAUCCCUCCUCCCUGGGCAGUAGGGGUUCAUAAUACCCAAAACAAUAGAUUGUUUUUCCUCAAGAACCUAAAAUAAUGUUUUAGUAAAAAGCCCUUAAGAAAUUUACCACUUACUGACAUUGGGACAGGCUUAGUGGAAAUAUGGGUCUUGCUAUUUUCUGUGCCAUAUAUAGUAAGGCAUGAAUAUGUCAUGAUUUACUCUUCUCAUUUUAAGUCUAGAAUCAGUAUUAAUUGGGGGGGGGGGUGGAGAAAGAGAAGCUAAUGUAAACUUCCAAACUGAAAUACUGAUUCUUUGUAAAUGCUUUCUCUCUGCUCUGCCUUCAUCCCAUCUCAGAUAUAAGUAAAGCAUCAACUAGGAUGUGAGGGAAAGUGCUGGAUUAAAAAAAAAAAGGCAUUGGAUUUUGUGCAAUAUUUUUCCUUCCUUAUAUUUGUGUGUAUGCAUGUAUGUGUUUUGACAAUUAGAAGCAUCUGUUUCUUUCUCAGUAAGUCUUUGAGAUUAUUUUUCACCCUGGUGUAUUUCUGUUUUGUUUCAGGAUUGUGUUAAAUUGUGCAUAGCACCUCAUUACAGUUGUCUAGUAAAAAGAAGUACAGUACAUUGUCAGUGGGCAAAUAGUUUUUAGUUGAUUGAAAUUGAGUAGGGACAUCUAUUAUUGUGUUAUAAUGCAAAUCAUAAAUGUUGCCAAUUACUUAAUAGAUAUCAGAAGCUCACAGUUAGCAAUACCUGUAUUGCCCACAUUACAUUAUAAGUACACAGCAGAAUAGGAUUUCUGUUAAUUUACUUGUACUUGUUGAUCCUCAUGUCUCACUGUUCUUUCAGCUUGCAAAUAAAUGGCUGCUUCUUACAAUUGAUGCCAGAUGGCAGUGAACGGUCAAUAUGUAUAAUUUUUAUGAUCCAGCGUGUGACAUCUCUAGUUGUGAUAAGUGAUUGCUCAGUUCAAUAGAUGUCACCAGUACAUUUGAAUUGUUUGUUCGAUUAGCUUUUAUAUAUUUGUUGUAUAUUUUCUUCCCAUGGCUAAAAGUUGAUCAAGAGCUACUUUGAAUUAACUUACUUGAGUUAACUGAAGCACUGUGGAAUCUAGCCGAUUGCAAGUUGCAGAUAAGCACUGUGAUAAAUUUGGUGUUCCAUACCAUGUUCCCUGUAUUGCAAUAGGUGUGGUUGCAGAGUGUACUUUACCUGUGCUACUGCCUGUACAUAAUUUCAUUGAUGCAACGCAAUUCUAUAUUUAUGAACUUUUAUCUUGAAGAAGAGAAUGUGGGGAAAAAAAUAUCUCCGAUUGAACAGAGCAAAUCAUUCAGAGCCUGGCUUAUUAUUAAA